ACUUCGCACCCUAUUCCGUCUCUGUCAAUCAAACCAGCUUGGAGGUAUAAUAUGAUUGUUCCCUUAUUUGGAGGUGCCCUAGAUGUCGAGCUACCUGACGACGUAAUCGAUGUGUCUGACUUCCGGCAAGUGCCGGAUAAUCAGGAGGUAUUUCUUGUUGAAAGAGGAAGUGGUCCCAAGGAGGAUAAAUCCAUCAUCAUCGAGCUUCUUGAGCUGCCUGAAGGGUCCAUUGACCAGGUAUUGAAAAUGCACCUAUCGGACUUAUUAGACAUUGAUAUCAGCCAGAUCAAUGACGUGGAGUAUAUCAAGACAUCUAAUUCAUUGGGAGAAGACAACUAUAUAUCCAUAUACAAGGAUCUGGAAAAGAAUUUGAUGGUCAUCUUUUCAUUAGUUAGAGUCUCUAAAGUCCAAACCGAUAUCUUGCUCAGCUUCUUCCUCAGCAUCGAUACGCCGAAUUAUCAGCAUUUAAAGGACUUGGAUUCUAAAAACAUAUCACAGAAUUAUGCCAGCUUAGGUAUGGAACCGGAUGUGCGAUUGGUUCAUACGGCCACGGAAAAGAUCCACAUCAAGAACUGGUUGAUCUUCCUGCUGGAAUAGUUCAUUGAAAAGGCAAUGGCACCACAUAUGAAAACUGUCAAAAUAAUUGAGCAAUAUACCGAAAAUCUUCUCAUAAGCUGGUAAUACCCAACCAUGAGUAUUAGACCAAAAAUAUUAAAGAACACCGUUUCAGGAAGAUCCAACACGGGAAGAGGAGAGUUCUGGUAAUAGUAGUUAUACACCUCCUGGAUGAACAUUGGAACUGGUGAGGGCAUAUAUUUAUCUAGUAAUAAAGACAAAAACCAUGUGCUUCAUACAAUCGAAGGUUUUAUAUGCUGAGCAGACUAAUGACUUAGGGAAAUCGAAGAAGUAGAGUUAUACACUCGGUCAGGCACCUCUUUAUUGAAUUAAUGUGAGACAUCGGAUUCUAGCCCCGGAUAUGACCCUAUUGAGCGGUUUUUUCCAAAAUAAACUACAAAUGAUCCCGAAUUCUCCGAAAGGUGGUUGCAAAGAAAUAAUUUGUUCACUGCUGGACAACGGAUAGUUUACGAUCAGGUGCAACUGACUCUGUGUGAAUGAAAUGUAAGCAUUUUCCAACCAUUGGGAAAUAUCACCUACUACUUCCCAGUAUCGCAUAUAUUUUGCAGCCAGCUUCAUUCAUAAUCUGGCACCAGAGUUUCAAAAGUAAUAGUAAAAGAACUAGUAACAAACCU